GCCAGUCGGUGUAGUACAGUCGCAGUCAGCCCGGUUAUCACUGUGGGAUUAUAGUAGUUCUCUUAUCAUAGUCACCUUCCCCGUUUGGUGCGUGCGCCGGGCGCGGAGUGUACACAAGUCGCUGGUGGUUUGUUCAGAUACCCUCUUAUUGAUCGGUCGUAACGACAGGUUUCACUGCAGUUUAUUAGCUACCUUAUCUGAAAUUAAUCUCGUGUAUUCCACUGUCACUAGCAGACCGUAAGAGAGAAUGUAGUUCCAAAUACUGUAAUUCAAGGCGCCAACCACAGUCCAACUCUAUCCUACAUCUUCCCACGAUAAAGGCAUAUAUGGUAUUUCAUUCUUUCCAGGUUUGGAUUAUGAUCGUAUAAAACUUAUAGUGAAUGUCCUUUUACAUGGAAGAGACCAGAGGAAUUAAGAAUAUUUUAUAGUAAGACUCUCGAGAGGCAGUGGUGGAAUGUGUAUGUGGACGGUCCAAUAACCGGGCGAAGUGAAGUGCGCGGAGGUGAUGGAGACGCGGGUGGCGGUGCCACUGCGCGCCGGCGGUAAGAAGAUGAGGAAGCGGAAGGAGCUGGACGCGCUGGGCCGUCGGGGGCGGUGGCGCGGGGGUGGGAGUGGCGGCGGCGUGAGCAGUCAGGACGGCUUGUUGAGCGACUCGACGGACGAGCCGGAGGAGCAGUGGCGGGGGCGGCGUACCACUGGGGGGCGGCCGUGGGGGCGGCGUCGGGCCUGUGUGAGCCUUCUGCGGGCGUGCACGCUGGUGCUGGUGUUCGCCUGCGUGGUCGCUACUACAACCGUCAUGUGGCUCUUCAUAGACGUCAGGGAGCAGGCAACAUUCCUCAGGACACAGUUGGACCAAGUGGUGGCCGGCAGCCAGGGUGUUCCCGAGGCUCUGCAGAAAUGCCACUCCAUGUCCAAACAGUUGCAGCAAAACCAGACUGCCCUCUUCCUCAAGCUGGAUCUUCUCACCUCACAACUCAACAAUUUCACCACUCAAGUGACGACUAUAAGCGGUAGCCUGUCACGGGUGGAGCAAAGGUUCAAGGCAUCACCAGAGUUAAUAAAGGUGCCACAUGACCUGGACACGCUUACAGGAAAUAUUGCUUCACUGGGCAGCCAGCUACAGGACCUGGUGGGCACUGUCGCUCAACUAAAAGACACUGAUGCCAAACUGAGCGACACAGCUAAGAGUCUCCAAACUAACAUCACCAGUCUCAGACAAGAAAUGCUGUCUCUUAGUGCUCCAGUGGCUGCCAACCUCACGCCCACCGUGGACAUCCAAGCCAUCAACACAACCAUCAACACCUUGAGAACCAAUCUGUCGCUCAUCAACGACACUCUCAGCAAGAAAAUCCAGUGGGCCCAAGAUGACCAGGCUAAUCAAUAUAAACUAAUAGUGAGCCUGCAAGAGCGCAACGAGAACGUGAGUACUCGUGUGACUUCGCUGCAGAAUGAGUGCAGCUCUCAAGGGACUCAACUGACAGCACUGAACACUACAGUUGACAAGCUCUCGUCUCAGGUAUCGAAGCAAGAAGAACACUGGAAUCAGGUGUCUGGCAAAGUGACUGAGCUGUCAUCUGUCUGUAGCGAGCUCCGCAACAACAACUCACAGCUCAGUGAGCAGCUCGACAACAUGAAGCGAGCUCUCAUAGUCGAAAGUCCACCAACAACAACUACGGACACCUCAGCAACAGGUGACAACCUCACCUUAAACAACCACUCCUCUCCCACCCUCUCCCAUGUCCUGGCUGUUCUAGUCGGGUUAUCCUUUGUCUUGGUCUUCCUCUGUUAUUGGCUCAUCUAGAUACAACUACAGGAAUUCCUGCUUCGGUGAACGCAUCUGAACACAAGUCCUGAGGAAUCGCGAGGCCAAUGCCCAACUCGCUGUAAAUAUUGUAAACUCGUUACAGAAACGAAACUAUCUCUCGGAGUCCAAUACAUUCAAAUCGUGUUUUGAGGUGAAUUUGUUGUGUUGUUCAAACGCAGGGAAGACUUGUUAGGUUUUAUUGUUCUAUUGGAUGUUUUAGAACCAAAUUGUAUGUGAUUUUAUUGAAUUUUUAGUGUAAGUACGACUUAUACCUCAAUGCUCAAAUACUUGUAGAAAUUAUUCAUAACUAAACCUACAAAUUUCUCAUACAUUUCACUUUUUUACAGUUUGCCAAUGAAAGCAAUAACAGUUUAAUAUGGAAUUUAAAUUAAUUGUUCUGAUCUAUUCCUUCCUUGGAAAGUUUUCUUAGUUUUUUAGGUUAUAUUGUAAUGUUUACAUAAAUUAUACUAAUAAAAGAAACAUGUGAGGCGAUUAAAAUAUACUUGUUGUAGAAAAUAUUUUAAAUUAUUGUUAAUUCUAUUUUUUGUAAAGCGUUAUUUUUCUUUUAGUUUUUUAAAGAAUCUUGGAUUAAUUUUCUUUUUAUUCAAUUAUUUGAAAUUAACAACAAUGUUGAUUUUCCUUAGCAUGCUUAUUUCACAUUUAUUGCUUGUAGUUGUAUUAAUUUUAGGUAAUUAGUUUUAUGUAAUAUACAGACAAGAGAAAUUUACACAAAUUUGUUUUUAUAUACAACUUUAAUAUUUAUAUUUGCAUUAUGUAAAAUAUUAAAUGUUUUACCCCUCUCGAAGCUGGGUAGUUACAAAUUUGUAAUAAAACUACAAUAUUUGUAGUUUUAUUAUUAAACUGUACUAUUAUUUUUAGGUGUAUCAAUAAUUGUAACUAUUUCUUUCUAGUCAGCUUUUUUGGGCUACUUAAAAUUAGUGUUGUAUUGUAGUUUUAGUUAAACAUAUAAUAAGUUGCACUUUAAUUUUAUUUGAUACAUUUUAUUCUCUUGUCCAUCUUGAAUGAUUUUUGGAAUAAUUGUUUUUUAACCAAUGAUAGAAAUAUUAAAAAUUCCUAAAUCCCUUUGUGCUCAGAUGUUCUAGUAAAUUCUUAUUUAAUUUGAGUUGAGGCAUGAUUCUUCAGGAUAACAAGAUUUUAAUAGUAGUUAUUUAAUCAUUCAGUAAUCAUGAAAAAAUCGAGCAUUUAGUUAAAUCUUUUGUCUUCCUAUUAAAAUUUGAUUUAGACAUAGCACAUACAUAUGUUGUAUGUACAUAGCUUAAAGUUAAACUGUUCAUAAUUAUUUAUUUCCAUGAUUUACUUUGUUUAAAUUAAUGCAGUUUUUAAACAAUGGAUUUUAAAAUAAUUUUAAGUUUUAAAACCUUCGGUAGUAAAAUAUAAGAAAAUACCGUACAGUAUUUGUGAGAUAAUUAUUUUUUUUUUCUUUCUGUACCUGCUUGAAUCUGUUUUUGCUUUUUUCAAGACUAAACCAUUCACACAAUGUGAUAUUAUUAUUAUUAUUUUAAUGGGUAGCAACAAUAAUCAGGGUAUUUAUUACAAAAUAAAUCUUGUUGGAAUAAUUUUAAAAUAACGCUCCAUACAAUUAAACACCUAAUGUUUUACUGUUAUUUAUUUUUUACAUUUUUGGAGGAUUCAAUACAGGAGUAACACUACUUAAAAAUUAAUAAUAGACUGUGAAACAUAAGAAUUCUAUACUUCGAAAAUGCUCCUGUUAUUAUUAACCAUUUAACAGUACACAAUUUAAAAUAAUAUUUUCAGUGGUUUUUAUUCUCUUAUUCUAUUUACAAUGUAAUAUUUUGGUAGUUGUUUGUUCUGAAAGUUUUUAUUUUCAAGAAAUGUGAGCAAUUACUGUACUGAUCACUAGAUGUCAGCAGUGUCUACUUUCUUUCAGUAUAAAACAUACAAUUUUCUUUGAAUGUUGGCAAUUUUUGCUUGACAAGGCAACUACUUUAUCUCUAUAGAUAUAUUGUUUAUUGUGUCAAUUUAUAACCUUAAUUGUAAUAACUGUAACCAUAGUUAUAGUAUGGCCUAAAUGUUUAAAAAUAAUAAAGAAAGAAGGAAAAUUCUUUAUUGUGACUCUUUCAGAACUAGGAAAUCUUUGAUAAUGUGUUCAGUACAAUAUCCAAUUACGAAUGACCAUGUUAUACAUCUAUUAAAAAAAAACUUAACAACGGCAACUAAAAUGCAUAGUUGCUAACAGUUUCUUUAAAAAAUGUGUAAAUAUUUCCGUAAUAUUGUAUUUUUACAUUAUAUUGUUCGUCAAUAUUGUAAGUACAAAAUGUCUUUUAUUAUAGAUGUAAAGUAAUAAACGUUUUAUUUUUAACCAAUAAACCAAUACAGUUGUAAUUGGUACAAACAAAACAAGUGUAGAGUUUUUAGUCUGUUCACAGCCAAGAAAGAAAUAUCAGCUUUAGCAUCAAAAACAAACCACUACCAAUGUCAUUGUGUAAAUUAACCUAAAGAUUCAUUGAAUUAUGUCUCUCUAGAGAAAUUUUCUACUAAAUAUUUGCAGCAGAACCUCUUUUUACAAAAACAGGAGUUGCCAGGGACCACUUACUUGGUCUCUUUAGCAUUACUUAGCCCAAAACGCUUCAACUUGAAAAAAAGUUUCUUACUUGAUUUUUAAAAUUAAAUAGGGUAAAAGUAUACAAAAUAAGUAUUUAUGUGAUUUUGUUAAUUUGCGAAUAGUUAAAUACGUUCAUUUUGUGUUAACAGUGUUUAUAUGUGCAUUUACUUUUUAUGUUAUUGUUUUAACAGGUAAUUAAGUUUGCGUGUAAAAAGGAACAAGCUGAUGCUAACAGCAAAAUAAUUGGGCAACAACUACAGAAACGGUCUAUUUAGUAACUAAUUAGUAUAAUCACCAGUACUUGUGUGAAGGAUCCGUCUGUGUGCCAAAGAUGUAUUUUUCUAUUGUUCGGCAAUCGCCACGCUCUGAAGCACCAAUUCUGUGUUGUAUGAAAUCUGUAUAUUAUUGAUGAUUUGUGUAAAUAUUUUUAUAACUAGUUCUACAGAAUAUUGAUUUUAGUAAAAGUAUAUCAUUGUUACGAAUUCAAAGAAUUGAUAGUUAAUAAAUCAUGUAUGAAAUAGA